AUGCGCGAAGGCAAGCAGCGAGCAUCACCUGCACCAGAUCCCGGCGCAUCCGGCGUCACAGUGACAUGGCGGCACCUCCAUAGUUCUCAGACUUUCACCGUCACGAACCCGCUCCGCGUCAUUGCCCACUGCGACAUCGAUGCUGCCUAUUCACAAUUUGAGAUUGUCAGACUCGGCUUGGACCCGAGCUUGCCUGUCGCUGUACAGCAAUGGCAAGGCCUAAUUGCGAUCAACUAUCCGGCUCGCAAGUUCGGCAUCACGCGGCACGAGACACCCAUCGAAGCAAAGAAGAAGUGUCCCCAUCUGAUUCUCGUGCAUGUCGCGACCUACAUGGAUUCCCAGCCCGUCUCGGGCUACUAUGACAAUCCUCGGCCGGAGACCCACAAAGUCUCACUCGAUCCCUACAGACGCGAAUCGCAGAAGAUACUCAAGAUCUUUGGCGAUCUCUGUCCCCUGAUCGAAAAAGCCUCGAUAGACGAAGCGUUCCUAGACUUUACAGCCCCAGUGCGACAACUCAUGCUCGAAAGAUAUCCCAUCCUCGCCCAGCCUCCAGAUAACCUCGACGAGCCCUUACCACCACCUCCAACAACGCUGCCUUGGUCUGAGCUCGGCAACCUGAUACCGGUCGAUCCGGACGCGCCGCCAGAAACUGACGAUGAGCCGAUCACGUGGCAGGAUGUCGCACUUGCGCUCGGUGCAGAGAUGAUGGAAAAGUGUCGCAAGGAGGUCUACACACAGCUCGGCUACACUUGCUCUGCGGGCAUAGCAAAGAACAAGAUGCUGUCUAAGCUCUGUAGUGCCUGGAAGAAGCCGAAUGCGCAGACUGUUCUGCGCGACACUGCCGUGCACAACUUUCUCAAGCCUCUCAAAUUUCAGAAGAUCCGUUUCCUGGGAGGCAAGCUGGGAGACUCGCUCGCGAACGAGUAUGAGAGCUCGACGGUGGGAGAUCUAUGGUCGGUGUCCUUGCAAGAGCUACAGCGCAAGCUCGGCAACGAGAGCGGCAUGUGGUGUUGGGAGAUCAUCCGCGGCAUCGAUCUGACGGAAGUGCAACCGAAAGCAGCGACAAAGAGCAUGUUGAGCAGCAAGAACUUCAAGCCGGCCAUCAACAAAUGGGCAGACGGAGCAUAUUGGCUCCGCGUCUCCGCUACUGAGCUUGCCGCGCGAUUGAACGAGCAGCGUGAGAGCGUGCCGGGUAUCUGGCCAAAGACGAUCACCCUCAACUUUCGCGACAUCAACUAUGUCUCUCGCUCGAAGCAAUGCGCUUUUCCAUACAGCAACAACCUGUCUGCAGACUACGUCUUCAAGAUCACGGAACGCUUGCUCAAAGAAUUCCAGAACGAAGGCAGCAAACCUGAUGAUGGCUCCAUGACGCCAGCGACCAGCUUGGGCCUCGCUUUCAACGGCCUCGAACGUGUCGCCUCAGGUCAGGCCGGUAUACAGGAUUUCUUCAAAUCUGCCGAGUCUGGCAGUGCUUCGCUCAGAGCGCAAUCUGUUCCGCGCGAUCAGACUUCGCCUCAGCCCAUCAUCAUCGAUGUCGAUGACGAUCAGCAAGAGGAGAAAGCAUCGUAUACCUGUUCGAGAUGUCAUCGCAUUCUCAAAGCGGCCGUGCCGUCUGUCGAGACCGCAGAUGAGCUCACCACGCUCGAACAACGGCGCGCCGCGGUCGAACAGCAACUCGCACGAGAGCACGCCGACUACCACUAUGCUCGAGAUUUGGCACGCAAAGAGAACGAUGCUAGCCAACGCGCGGCGAAGCGUAAGCGUCAAGAUACGCAAAGCAAACCUUUGGCAGAGCAGACCAAGAGCGUCAAGCCGAGGAAUGGGGGGCAAGCAAGCCUCGCAACUUACUUUGCUGCGCCACGAGAUCGCAAGCGGACCCCGUUGUAG